GACCUGGAUUCGGAGCACAGCAUGGAUGUGAUCCUGGUGGGCCCCAGUAAGCCAUCGUCCCCCGUUUCGCCCCAGCUGGGCAGAGAUCUCAUCGCCUACGAAGUCAAGGUUAACCAGCGCAGUCUAGAAGACAUCUGCCUCUGCUGUGGAAGUUUCCAGGUCCAUACACAGCACCCUCUGUUUGAGGGAGGGAUGUGCAUUCCAUGUAAGGACAAAUUCCUGUACACGCUCUUUCUGUAUGACGAGGACGGAUACCAAUCCUACUGCUCCAUCUGCUGCUCAGGGGAGACGCUGCUCAUCUGCGAAAACCCUGACUGCACACGAUGCUACUGUUUCGAGUGUGUCGAUACCCUGGUCAGCCCUGGGACGUCGGAGAAAGUUCAGGCCAUGAGUAACUGGGUGUGCUUCCUGUGCCUGCCUUUCUCCCGCAGCGGGCUGCUGCAGAGGAGGAAGAAGUGGCGGGGCCGGCUGAAGGCCUUCUACGACCGCGAGUCGGAGAGUCCCCUUGAGAUGUACAAAACCGUGCCCGUGUGGAAAAGAGAGCCGGUGCGGGUGCUGUCCCUUUUUGGGGACAUCAAGAAAGAGUUGACGAGUCUGGGCUUCUUGGAAAAUGGUUCUGACCCAGGGAGACUGAGGCAUUUGGAGGACGUCACAGACAUAGUCAGGAGGGAUGUGGAGGAAUGGGGCCCAUUUGACCUCCUGUACGGCUCGACGCCUCCCCUUGGCCAUGCCUGUGACCGUCCUCCUGGUAAGCGACACUUCGAGAAAUGGACUGUGGUCAGCUCAAAGACCCGCAUCUUGUCCCCAGCUCUGUCUCCUCUCUCUCUCCCCACCUNGGCCCGUUUGUAUCCCCUCAACCCACCCCAAGGCCCCUGA